AUAUUUUGCAAACUUAAUUAAUUUAUAAUUAUGAACAAAGCGAGCCUAAAUUUUGAUUAGCCUAUUAAUUUGCAGAUAUGAUAAUAGAUAUCAGUAAUUGUGAACAUGUCACUUCUUUAUAUUCCUAUUCAAAAUGUUUCAGUAAAUUGGAAUACUAUAACGCUAAGGUGGGAUUAAUUAUUAGUGCUACAAAUAUCGGUUUUAACUCCAAUGUAGUGUUGUAGGGUAUAAUGAGUUAAUGUCGCUUUCACUUUUACUUUUUGCAUUUCAAAUAUCAAAGCAAACGUGAGUAAAAUGAGCAGCUAUAUUAUAAGAUACAGUCAGUUAUAAUUGGAUAUUUCACAAUUAAAAUUUAAGUCUAAUUUAAAGCACACUCUUAGUAGCAUACGGAAAUUUAACUGGAUUUUAAUAACAGCAUCAACUACGUCAUUUCUACAAAGCAAAUUUGUUGUGAAUAAAUAUUUGUUAAAGAUAAAAAGUACAUUUAAAUAUAUUUUUUAAUAAAAAUAAGAAAAUAAAAUAAACAAAUUACUCAGAACUCAUCAUAAAUAUAAAAAUAAAUAAAAAAGUAACUAGAAAAAUUCCACUGUACUAGAAAAGCAGCAACUUUAACUGCAUACAAAUUAUUUUAGCGAGUUUCAUUGAAGUGAAAUAUAAGAAAUUUAUUAUAAUCGCUUUUAAAUUUUAAAAUUUUGUUAAAUUUUUGUUUUUGUCAAGAAAAAAAAAAAAAAAAAUAUGAAAUAUUUGUUUAUUUUCUUUGCCAUUUUGUUUUUGGCCUGCUGUAUAACUGUUUCAAAUGCUGGUCUAUUUGAUCGCAAGGAGAAAAAAGAGAAGAUUUGUGGCUCGAAUGGCAUCACGUACAUAAAUCGUUAUGAGUUUGAGAAAUCCCAACAAUUUUACAAAAAACUACGUCGUCCAUUGGAAAUGGCUAAUGAAGGAGCUUGCCCCAGAGAAAAACGACAAAAUUUUUAAAUAAUAUGUACAUAGUUUGAUUUUCAAAUAAAAAGCUUUAAUUUAUAUUUUUUAAUUAAAAGUGAAAGAGUCAUACGGCAGUUAUAAAUCUUAAUUAAAACUGGCUUUAAUCUCAGCUUUUAAUUGCACAUUUAUUAAUGUAAUUCCUACAUUUCUUUACAAAUUCAAAUAAAUAUUAUUCACUCUCCAACUUGAUUUAGUCAUUUUAAUUAGUGUAUAUUUGUAGAUCUGAUAACCUCUGCUUCUUUUUGUUUAAUGUAUUCAUUUUUAUGAUGUAAAUAGAUUUAAGGAAAAUGUACAUAUGAAAAACAAAAAGCUAAAAACUGACACAAUUGCGUUGCAAAUAUAUUCUGCUAAUUAGUAUGGAUUAACAGUUUCAACUAUUUUUACUAUAUUUUUUACGUCUAAAUAAUAUAAAUCAAAAUAUUUUCUUUUUUUCUCAUCAGAAGAUUAUUGAAAUAAUAAAGAUCGGUUGAACAAAACAAAAGUUAUAGAACAACGUUAAAAAA